AUGCCUCCCAAGAAGGAGGGCGUGUCCCUCUUCGAGCAGCGUAGACUGCAGAACAUCGCCGCCAACCAAGCCAUUCUCAAAGACAUCUCAAAGUCCGCCGUUAAAAUUGCAAAGCCUCCUCCUGCACCCAAGCCAGUGCGACGCAAGAGAUCUCCUGUCGGUAGGAGUGAGAGACCGAAGCGCGAACCUACCGUUGCGACAAGGGCGAGUUCACGACUCAAGGGUCAGGAUCCCGUCAAGAGAGAACGCGACGACAAUGUCCCGGCCGCCCUGCUUCCUCCGGAAAGGCCGGCCAAAAAGGCUAGGGUUUCGGACGACCUGAGCUUGGACAGUAUUAUGGUCGAAGGCAGGAAAUUUAAUGACAAUAUUAAUUCAUUGGGACUUCUGCUGCCCAAGAUGGGGGCUGAUCCUGGCGUGCGGACGUUUGACGAGGACGAUAUAAAGAAGACUACGGAUAAGGAUUUGAAGAAGCUGAGAGAAAGCAUGAACAAACUGGAGAUGUAUGAUAAGUGGGCUGUUAAUGAUAUCAAAAUUGUUCCGCAGCGAAUUUACUCAAUGGGAUUCCACCCUACACAAGCGAAGCCUUUGAUUUUUGCCGGAGAUAAGGAGGGUGCUAUGGGCAUUUUUGACGCCUCACAGGAGGUAACCGAGGUCAAUGACGAGGACGAGGACGAAGUUUCCGUCGAGCCACCCGUGAUAUCAGCUUUCAAGACGCACACGAGGACUAUAUCGUCCUUCCACUUCCCCUCCACAGAUUUCAACGCAGUCUACACGGCCUCCUACGACUCGACUAUCCGAAAACUCGACCUUGGUGCGGGGACACCGGUCUCGGUCCAAGUGUUCGGGCCGGACGACGAGCAAGACCUCCCCAUCAGUUCCAUCGAUAUGGCCUCGAGCGAUCCCCACACAAUCAUUUUCUCCACCCUCUCGGGCUCCGUUGGCCGGUACGACCUCCGUACGAAGGACGACGCCGAGAUCUGGGAGCUCAGCGACGCCAAGAUUGGUGGCUUCUCGCUGCACCCUCAGGCUCCGCACCUCCUGGCCACAGCCUCUCUGGACCGCACCAUGAAGAUCUGGGAUCUGCGCAAGAUCACCGGCAAGGCAUCUCCACAUCCACACCCCGUCGGCGAGCACGUCUCCCGGCUCUCUGUCUCCCAUGCAUCAUGGAGCCCGACAGGCCACGUGGCCACGAGCUCGUACGACGACACGAUCAAGAUCUAUGACUUCUCGGAGGCGGCGUCGAGAUGGAAGGCUGGGUACACGGCGGGCGAUGACGAGAUGAAGCCCACGCACGUGGUCAAGCACAAUAACCAGACGGGCCGGUGGGUGACGAUCCUGAAGCCCCAGUGGCAGCGGCACCCGGCAGACGGAAUCGCGAAGCUUGCGAUCGGGAACAUGAACCGCUUUGUCGACGUCUACGGCGCCGACGGUGAGCAGCUGGCGCAGCUGGACGGCGAGGGCAUCACGGCCGUGCCGGCUGUGGCGCAUCUGCAUCCGACGCAGAACUGGGUUGUGGGCGGGACGGCAUCGGGGAAGGUAUGUCUUUGGAUGUGA